GGACCUAUCAGGAAGCCAGCUUCCUAAGAACGACCCUCGUUUGGAGAUCUACUCUGGCAUAAACUUGCGUAAGGAUAUUGAAACGGUCAAGGAGCAAAUGAGAACCAAGAUCCCCAACCUGCAGGACAUUACGCAUGUGUACUACUGUGCCUACUCGAAUGCGACAGCAUAUUCAGUUGACGUCAUGGAGAUUCGCAAUAUCAACGUCAUCAUGACCCAAACCGCUGUCAAGGCGGUUGAUGAGGUCUGCACGAAUCUCAAAUUUCUGAGUCUUCAGACCGGCACAAAUAGCUAUGGAGUGGCUGUCUUCCAACAUCAGGACGAAAUCGAGAUACAUCCGCCUCUGAAAGAGUCUCAACCGCGAAUUCCAUCUCCAUACGGAGACGAGAUCUUUUACUAUGGGCAAGUAGAUGCUAUCAAAGAAUUGCAGAAGGGCAAGAGUUGGAGAUGGUGUGAAGUCCGUCCCGAUGCAAUCGUCGGCUUUGUUCCUGGCACGACCUCAAUCAUGACGUUUCUCGAGCCAACCGCUCUUUUCCUCGCGCUCUGGCGUUAUGUUCAUGGGCCCGGAGCCGAAAUCAAGUUCAUCGGUACAGCUACGAACUACACGCAUACCAACACAGACUCAUCGCAAGAUACUAUCGCAAAGUCUCAUAUUUAUCUCUCGACUGUGAAGCCAGAAGAGUCAAACGGGGAAGCUUUCAAUACUGCUGAUAAUGCGACUCCAGUGUCCUGGGUGGAGCGAUGGCCCGUAAUGGUCGAUUAUUUUGGGCUGCAGGGGACGCCUCCGGUUGAGGGAGCACAGAAUUGCUGUCAGGUUGAUCUUGCCGAUUUAGUUGAUGAGGAAGACGAAGUUCAAGACGUUGUUCUUCAUUCUUCAAUAGUCGAUCUCGAGAGAAAUGUCUCCGCCUGCGAUCUGUGUCGACUUUUUCAUACAUCUAUCACUGAAAAGCUCCAGAUCGAGGGAGUCAGUGUUGAUCAAGAGGCUUGGAAUGACCCGGACUCGCCGGUUAUCUUGCGGGGCAUUCAGUACACAGAUGGAAACUACGAGUCUCAUGGACUCUUUUGGCUUAAAGUCCGCUGCGAUCGCCUGAGUCCAAGGGCGUACUGCUAUUUUAGCUUCUAUCCCAAAGACGAGAAGGCCCAGCUAGGUACCUCCAUCCUAGGCAGACCCAUCAAACCUCCCGCUAAGCAACUCAGUCUUGUGAAAGACUGGGUGCGCGAGUGUGACGACCAGCACCAGAGCUGCCAUUCAGCCCCUACUUCUCUUCCCACACGAGUUGUAGAUGUUGGUAUCGCAGGAGUGAGAGAGCCUCAGCUUGUUGUUACAAGCGGAGAAGUAGGCCGAUACAUGACUUUGAGUCACUGUUGGGGUUUGCAUCCUGUUAUUCGUACCACCAGCGACACAAUCGAUGACCACAUCAAGUCGUUGCCACUGUCCAGGUUACCUCCAACAUUCAGAGACGCAGUCCUCAUAACGAGGUCACUUGGCGUUCAGUAUCUAUGGAUCGACUCCCUCUGCAUUGUACAGGACUCCAAAGAGGACUGGGAACUCGAGAGCGUGAAAAUGGGCACUAUCUACGCCUCGUCAUCUCUAACAAUCGCCGCCUCAGCGUCCGCAGACUCGACAGGAGGUUGCUUCUUACCGCGUUCGACUUCAAAUCACGUUCAAGUCAAGAGUACUCAGAAGAACAACAGCGAAUUGGUGUCUAUUCCCGUAUUCUUGCGACCUAGACCGCGUGACUUCAGCCACCUGCCACAAAGCAUCCUACAUUCACGUGCGUGGGUCACGCAAGAGCGCCUGCUAUCUGCGCGAAUUGUCCACUACGACACGGAUCAACUUCUGUGGGAAUGCCGUGAAUCUCGUUUGGCAGAAGAUGGGGUUCCGACGGAUGCAUUCAAUGUACAAAAUUUAGUAUGGGAUGAACGCCUUCACCUCUCAUACCCUUUUGCGCAAGGACGCCUAUCCACAUCAGAGUUCGUGUGGGACUGGUACGAUAUGGUGUCGGCGUAUAGCAAAAGAGGCAUCACCAAGUCUUACGAUCGGCUGCCAGCGCUUUCCGGUCUUGCCAAAGUGAUGGAGGAAUGCACCGGGCAGCGAUAUCUCGCCGGGUUGUGGCGGAACCACCUGCAUUUUGGGUUGCUUUGGAGGAGAGGCGAGAAUUGGCUUGAAGCUCCGCCUAAUGGCUUCCGCGCCCCAAGUUGGAGUUGGGCGUCUUUGGAAGGCGCUGUGAUGAUGCCCGAGAUUGGAACCAUUCUGCCCUCGGGAAAUGAGAUGGAGGCGGCGGUGAGAAUUAUUCAAGCAGAGACAACGCCACUCGGACUGGACCCGAGAGGUAUGCUGAGAUCGGGAUAUCUGCAACUGGAAGGAAAGCUCAGACGAGCUGAUCUAAGAGAAGAUCCAGAAGCCCCGGGUUAUCAGAGGUUUUCGACCUCUCGGAAAGAUUUAGCAAUUGACUUUCUCAAGGAGGAGGGGAUUAUGGUCGGAUUAGCAAUGUUCGACAAGGAGUACUGCGGGACAAAGAUUCCUCUCUACUACUUACAGGUAUCAAGGAGAGUCAAAGAGCCAAGCCGUUGGUACGGGCUCCUGCUGGAGGCGACAAGCCAGCCGCAAGAGUUCCGUCGUGUUGGCUUUUGUCGCACGGAAGAAUAUCCACUUCGAGACUGGUUCGCCCAUGUCGAUGAAGAGAUGAUCACGAUAGUCUGAGUAUUUGUUUCAAUCUCUAUUAUGCUUGGCCAG